CGGCCCCUCUCCCCGCUCCCCGCUCCCCGCUCCCUCUGCAGCUAGAGCUACGGACGCCACCGGAUGUGGGGCGGGGGAGGCCGGGGGCAGCGGGGGCCCGAGAGCCCGGGGGCACCUAGGAGACCCGGCCGGGCUCCCGCCCAAAAGACCGAGAGAGAGAAGAGAGGAGACAGGGAGAAACAGGCAGACAGGGAGAGGCCGGGAGGCAGGGGCAGUCAGACUGGGAGCCGCCCUGCAGCUCAGCUUCAUUCUCCCCCAAUUCUGGAGCCAAUGCACGUGUUGAUUUAGGGGCAAAAGACCCCCCUCCCCAUCAGCCCCUUCCUCUCCACCCCCUCAAGCAUAAGCAAGAGAGAGAGAGAGGGGAAGGCGGGCCCAGGUAGCAGCUGUGCCCGGGACGUGAAACUGACUCAGGCUGUAGGCCAUUACUUCCUGAGUUUUCGGGAGAUCUUAUCUGUCUCGAAUCGAUGCCGGGGCUCUCAAGAUCGGAAGACUGACAAGGGGCUGGGGCGCCAGACCGGGACGGUGCGGGCUGUUGGAAGGAGCCGCAGCCGCGGCUAGGAUUGCUGGCAGACGCAGCGCUCGUCCGGACGCUGCCUCCUGAGCGCCCUCCGGGGCUCCUCGGCCUGCAGUUUGGGACAAACUCGGAUCUGGAGGAGAGCAGGAGAUCCCCGGAAUGAUGGCAGGGGUGGGGGCCCCCUUCGCCAAUGGCUGCGGGUCCUUCUCCCCGUCGGAAGCCGAGGCUCUGCACCUCUGCCGGAGUUUGGAAGUGGGCACAGUCAUGACCUUGUUCUACUCCAAGAAAUCCCAGCGACCAGAGAGGAAAACCUUCCAGGUCAAGUUGGAGACCCGGCAGAUCACGUGGAGCCGUGGGGCAGAUAAAAUCGAGGGAGCGGUUGAUAUUCGUGAAAUCAAAGAGAUCCGUCCCGGGAAGACCUCUCGUGACUUUGACCGUUACCAGGAGGACCCGGCUUUCCGGCCUGAUCAGUCCCAUUGCUUUGUCAUCCUGUAUGGCAUGGAAUUCCGCCUGAAAACUCUGAGUCUGCAAGCCACCUCGGAAGAUGAAGUGAACAUGUGGAUCAAAGGGUUGAACUGGCUCGUGACUGACACUGUCCAAGCUGCCACACCUCUGCAGAUCGAGAGGUGGCUCCGGAAGCAGUUCUACUCAGUAGAUCGGAAUCGGGAAGAGAGGAUUUCUGCCAAGGAUCUUAAGAACAUGUUGUCCCAGGUCAACUACCGAGUUCCCAACAUGCGGUUCCUGAGGGAACGGUUGACGGACCUGGAGCAGCGGAGUGGGGACAUCACCUACGGACAGUUUGCACAACUCUACCGGAGCCUCAUGUUUGGUGCCCAGAAAACGAUGGAUCUUCCUUUCCUGGAAGCUGGGACCCUGAGGGGUGGGGAUCGGCCUGAGCUCUGCAGAGUGUCCCUGUCGGAGUUCCAGCAGUUUCUCCUGGAAUACCAGGGGGAACUGUGGGCCACUGACAGGCUCCAGGUACAGGAGUUCAUGCUCAGCUUCCUCCAAGACCCACUUCGGGAGAUUGAGGAGCCUUACUUCUUCCUGGAUGAGUUUGUUACCUUCCUGUUUUCCAAAGAGAACAACAUCUGGAACUCCCAACUGGAUUCAGUGUGUGUGGACACCAUGAACAAUCCCCUGUCUCAGUAUUGGAUCUCUUCAUCCCACAACACGUACCUGACUGGGGAUCAGUUUUCCAGUGAGUCCUCGUUGGAGGCCUACGCACGGUGUCUUCGUAUGGGUUGUCGAUGCAUUGAGUUGGACUGUUGGGAUGGACCGGAUGGGAUGCCUGUCAUUUACCAUGGACAUACCCUCACCACCAAGAUCAAAUUCUCUGAUGUUCUGCACACCAUUAAGGAGCACGCAUUUGUGACCUCAGAGUACCCGGUGAUCUUGUCCAUUGAGGAUCAUUGCAGCAUUGCUCAGCAGAGAAACAUGGCCCAGUACUUCAAGAAGGUGUUUGGCGAUACCCUUCUUACCAAGCCUGUGGACAUCGCAGCCGACGGUCUGCCUUCACCCAACCAGCUCAAGAGAAAAAUCCUUAUCAAGCACAAGAAGCUGGCCGAAGGCAGUGCCUACGAGGAGGUGCCCACGUCAGUGAUGUACUCUGAGAACGACAUCAGCAAUUCCAUCAAGAACGGCAUCCUCUACUUGGAAGACCCCAUUAACCACGAGUGGUACCCGCACUAUUUUGUACUGACCAGCAGCAAAAUCUACUACUCAGAGGAGACCAACAGUGACCAGGGCAAUGAUGAUGAGGAGGAGCCAAAGGAGGUGAGUAGCAGUGCAGAGCUACACUCCAGUGAGAAAUGGUUCCAUGGGAAGCUAGGGGCCGGUCGGGAUGGGCGGCAUAUUGCCGAGAGGCUCCUCACCGAAUACUGCAUCGAGACCGGAGCCCCUGAUGGCUCCUUUCUGGUUCGAGAGAGUGAGACCUUUGUCGGGGACUACACGCUCUCCUUCUGGCGGAAUGGGAAAGUCCAACAUUGCCGGAUUCACUCCCGCCAGGAUGCCGGCAGCCCCAAAUUCUUCCUGACAGACAACCUGGUGUUUGACUCGCUCUAUGACCUCAUCACCCACUACCAGCAGGUGCCACUGCGAUGCAACGAGUUCGAGAUGCGCCUUACGGAGCCUGUGCCUCAGACCAAUGCCCACGAGAGCAAAGAGUGGUACCACGCCAGUCUGACCCGAGCCCAGGCGGAGCACAUGUUGAUGCGUGUACCCAGGGAUGGAGCCUUCCUUGUGCGAAAGCGGAGUGAACCCAACUCCUAUGCCAUCUCCUUCCGGGCAGAAGGGAAGAUCAAACACUGCCGGGUCCAGCAGGAGGGGCAGACGGUGAUGCUGGGUAACUCUGAGUUUGACAGCCUUGUGGAUCUCAUCAGUUAUUAUGAGAAGCAUCCACUGUACCGCAAGAUGAAGCUCCGCUACCCCAUCAAUGAGGAGGCACUAGAGAAGAUGGGCACGGCGGAGCCAGACUAUGGAGCCCUGUAUGAAGGACGGAACCCAGGUUUCUAUGUGGAGGCAAACCCUAUGCCAACUUUUAAGUGUGCAGUCAAAGCCCUCUUUGACUACAAGGCACAGCGGGAAGAUGAGCUGACCUUUACGAAGAGCGCCAUCAUCCAGAAUGUAGAAAAGCAGGACGGAGGCUGGUGGAGGGGAGACUAUGGAGGGAAGAAGCAGCUCUGGUUCCCAUCCAACUACGUGGAAGAGAUGGCCAAUCCCGCUGCUCUGGAGCCGGAGAGGGAGCAGCUGGACGAGAACAGCCCCCUGGGGGAUCUGCUCCGCGGAGUCCUGGAUGUGCCAGCCUGUCAGAUCGCUAUCCGCCCAGAGGGCAAGAACAACCGGCUGUUUGUCUUCUCCAUCAGCAUGACUUCCAUCGCACAUUGGUCCCUGGAUGUGGCCGCUGAUUCACAGGAGGAUCUACAAGACUGGGUGAAGAAGAUCCGAGAGGUAGCCCAGACUGCAGAUGCCCGGCUAACAGAGGGAAAGAUGAUGGAACGAAGGAAGAAAAUUGCCUUGGAGCUGUCUGAACUCGUCAUCUACUGUCGGCCCGUGCCCUUUGAUGAGGAUAAGAUUGGCACCGAGCGGGCCUGUUACCGAGACAUGUCGUCCUUCCCUGAGACCAAGGCUGAGAAAUACGUGAACAAAACCAAAGGCAAGAAGUUCUUGCAGUAUAACCGGCUCCAGCUGUCGCGCAUCUACCCCAAGGGCCAGCGGCUGGACUCCUCCAACUAUGACCCUCUGCCCAUGUGGAUUUGUGGCAGCCAGCUUGUGGCCCUCAACUUCCAGACUCCAGAUAAGCCCAUGCAGAUGAACCAGGCCCUGUUCAUGUCCAGUGGGCGCUGUGGGUAUGUGAUGCAGCCCAGCAACAUGAGAGAUGAAGUCUUCGACCCCUUUGACAAGUGCAGCUUGCGUGGGGUAGAGCCAUGUGCAGUCUGUAUUGAGGUCCUGGGGGCCCGGCACCUCCCCAAGAAUGGCCGUGGCAUCGUGUGUCCUUUCGUGGAAAUUGAGGUAGCCGGGGCCGACUACGACAACAUGAAGCACAAGACAGAAUUUGUGGUGGACAAUGGCUUGAACCCUGUAUGGCCAGCAAAGCCCUUCCAGUUCCAGAUUAGUAACCCUGAGUUUGCUUUCCUGCGCUUUGUGGUGUAUGAAGAAGACAUGUUCAGCGACCAGAAUUUCCUGGCUCAGGCCACCUUCCUGGUGAAAGGCCUAAAGACAGGAUACAGAGCGGUGCCUUUGAAGAAUAACUACAGUGAGGAUUUGGAGCUGGCCUCUCUGCUUAUCAAAAUAGACAUAUUUCCUGCCAAGCAGGAGAACGGUGAAGUCAGUGCCUUUGGCAGCUCAUCAUUCCGAGAACGGGGCUCUGAAUCCUCAGGCCAGCUACUCCAUGGUCGAGCCCGAGAGGGCUCCUUUGAGGCCCGCUAUCAGCAACCAUUCGAGGACUUGCGCAUCUCCCAGGAGCACCUUGCAGACCACUUUGAAAGCCGGGAACGCAGGGCACUUCGGAGAACUCGUGUCAAUGGAGACAACCGCCUCUAGACUCGACCACACUGGCCUUUGAGAAUUACAUGGGUGGUAGCAGCAGAUGCCUUGUGGAAUUCUGUGAACUGGUUUCUAUGGAGACGACACUGCUCUGGCUCUUCCUUCAGGCAGCCCUCCUGCAUUCUCUGCCUGCAGCCUGAUGUUCUGGUAGAGAUAUGUUACACAAAAACCAAGCCAUUGUUCAGCUCUUUUACUGUCCCAAGUCUGUUCACUCUUGUCCAGGGAAAAGGCAAGAAGACUGUAUACCAUGCCUGGCACUGAGCACAAACAUCUUGUCCCAACUCCCCAGAGACUGGUGCUCUCGUCUCACCUCUCCUGGAAAGGACAGGGCCUUUGUCCCAGCUCCCUCAGUCACAGGGAGAGUUGGGCUUGUCAGUCACCCAUCCUACCCACCAGAGCGUGUGGGAGCUCUGAGGAGCUCUGGACAGAUUCCUGAGAAUGACCAAGGGGCUGAUUACUGUCUUUGCUGUUUCCCUAAGGGACCUACAAAGACUAACCCCCAAGAACAAAGUUUACAUCCUCCUGUAGCUUUAAAACCACAAAUGAACAGUGUGAGAGGGCUAAUGUUCCUGAGUGGUUUGUACCUUGGCUGAUCCAGGCCCAGUGGUUGCCUUGUCAGUCAGACCUGAAACCCCCUAGGGGUGUCUAUGCUGAAUAUUCUACUUGGCAAGUGGGGUAAGAAAGGCAAUAUUGCAGACACACAGUAUGGCCCUGGAACACUAACCUUUCAGGAUGGAAUGCUCUCCUGAAGUUAAAACAUGUUACAAACAGCAGUAUUAUUUUUUCUUCUAAAUUGUAUUGUAACUAAGUUAUUUACUCCUCCCCAUACUGUUCCUGUCAUCACAGGUGAAUCCCCAAAGCAGGUGGCAUUUUAAAAAAAAAAAAAGACUGCCACCAACCACCCAUGUGCAGCUUCCUGAGCUGAGAUGCUCAGAGUUGGCUGGUUGGUGGACCUUCAAGCAGUGACUUAGUCAGUGUUAGUGGCAGUGCCAGGAGAGACUGGGGAGGAGAAUAGCUGACUUUUUAUUUUUUAUUUUUUUAAGGGAAAGAGGGCACAUUUUAGAACUCUUAAGUUUUUUUAGGCAUGAAAAGGGAAUAUGGAGUUGUAUUCAGCAAGAGCAAGGGAGGCCAUUAGGAAAUCCCUAUGUCUGAUGUUGAAUGGUCAGGAAGACAUGAAUGAAGUUGAACUAGCAGCUUGGAUACUGCAUAGUUUGUCUACCUGCUUGGAAUGACUGACCCUCUGGCCCCACGGAGAAAGCCUUCCCUCAGACCUGACUGGUAGACACAGACUUACUUUGGUUGGGAGAAUAGAUACUAUAGAACCUAUACCUGGUGUCUCCUGUCCUAGUCAUGAGAAGUCAGUGCCUGCCCUGGGGCUGAGGCUCACAGGGAGCUGGCCCUCAGCUGCCAUCCUUCAGCACAGGCCAACCUGCCAUCCCCAGUUUUGGACCCUCGAGACCUGACUGCCAAAUAAAAAGGCUUCAUGUGAUUCUCCCCCA